CAGUAAUGCUAACUCUCAUAGCUCUUCUUUCCCAGUUACUCUCCUGCAAAUGGCAACUGUAGUAAAGGGUUUUCUGUGGCAUUUGUUUCUAUGGAAGUCAACUGGAAAAUUAUCCAGGAAAAUAGACAUCCUUAAGUGAUUCUUUACUAAUUUCAGCCAUGAAGGGUAAAGGAUGACUAAAACCAUUGGUUGCGUCACUUGUUAAAAUAUUGGAAAUAUGGUCUAAUAGUAGUCAAGUCCUCAUUAUACCAAUACUGAUGUACUGGAAGUCCACCCAUAGUUAUAUUCCAAAGGUUGUAAUCUGUAAAAUCUCCCUGAAACGUGCAGGUAUCAUUGAUUUUAUAAGCAAAUUAUACUGGUGAAAUCAUUGCGCAGCAGUUUUACUAAUGAAUCAUCUGGUCCUUAAAAUGUCUAUCCAUGCCCACUGAUAUUCAGGGACAAAGGAAGGAGGAGCCUAUCCCAUCAUGCACUGGGCAAAAGGCAGGGAAAUACCCAAGACAGGCCUCCAGUCUGUACAAAGCUUCUUUAAGAUUCAGUAUUUGAAUUUCAAAUUGGGUCACGAACAUUUCUUUGCCUGGAGUAUCGAUUGUUGAGCAUUGAACUGAAUCAUUUAAAGAGGCUUGUAGUCGAUUAUAUUAGUAAGAUUUUAUUUGGUAGUUCAGUGCAGAUAAAAGGCACUGAGUUGGAUGUCAGCACUGAACUGCCUGACUCACAGUGUAGUUUUUUUAGUGGCUUACAGUAAGUCUGAAGACUAUUUACUUUGAUGGUUUUCUGAUUUAAUGUUAAGCAGCACAGUUACUUCUGAGAGACUAGCAGGCAGGUCUGAUUAAUACACAGUUUGUACUACUUGUCCUAACACUUAACUACAUCAACGCACAUUCUAAUCCGCCAAACAAUACAUCAGCCCCACUGUCCCAAAGCUCCUGACAUUCACUUGAUCUGUCAAUGUCAUCUGGUAAUCAAAAUCUACCCAUCCAGGCACCUCAGAGCCGUGGCUGCAAACCUCGCCAAACACAAGACAACCUGUGAACGUUGGAACAACCUGUUUGCAUGGCUUUGCCUCAAUUUGUUUGACAGAUGACAAGCAGCUGCACAAUUUACAUCCAGGCAGAGUUGCCUUGGAGAAGGAGCCUUCUUCGGCCAAGUCAUGAUAUCUGUUAUUUCUCUGUCACAUCAGUGACUUCCUUUGUGACAUGUGUAUUUAAGGGGGACAUAUUAUGCACACUUAUGGGUCUAUAUUUAUAUUCUGGGGCUCUACUGGAAUAUCUCAGCAUGAUUCAACUUCAACAUCAACUUAGCAGUGUAGGACUGAUGAUUAUAACUGUAGUUUUGGCAUCUACUCAAAUGUCUAUGAUUUCUUUUUUUUUUUUACAUGCUUUUAGGCUUUUUUUUUAACUGUCCAGCUUUAUAAACACAGAAGCCCUAGAACUCCAUUAGCUUCUCUCUUGAGAUUUCUUUCAACUCUUUGGUUUAUGGCCCAAAAUCAAGUAGUGCUCUCUACACCUCUCCCAAAUGUCAUCUCCUUCCUCUCCAUCUGACCAUAAACAUGACCGGCUCCUGAAUUUGGGGAAAACGUCUGAUGAUUGUUCUAGCAGACUUCUUAGGGUUAGAAAAAUUGAGCUUUUAGACUAAUGAAAUUUUAAAGUGUCCAUACUUAAUGAAAUUAAAUGUAUCUCCUUUGACAUAUCUCAAGUUGUGGCACCAAUCUGUAUUAUUUUAAUGGAAAAUUUCUGCAAUGUACGUCAAUUCAGGAAUCCAAUAAUUUGCGGUUGAACUACAUUCUCCUCAGGUUUCCAAUUAACUGUCAGUGAAUACAAUUAGUCCCCACAAAGCAGAAUUGUACUGAAAGGCUCUGGCAGAGGCCCUCCACAAAUGUGGGCGCUUGAACAACCAACAGCAGUCAGGUAAAAUAUUAACUUUUGUUCUGCUGACAAGAUGCUGCCGCUUCCUUAUUAGUGGAAACAGUUGAAAGUAUAUGUGUGUGUCCAGAUGUCGCCCUAAUGGAGGAGAGUAGAUGAUCGUUACCCAAGCAACCCAUAGAUCAAUGCCCAACAUCUACAGUACUCUGACCAAUCAGAGUGAGAGCAUUAAGUGGAGAUGUUUUGCCUUUGGAGAGUUAUCCAGUUGUCUGAGUGAAGAUGAUGCAGCUUUACAAGAGAUCAGUUCUUAUCUUAUUGACGACUGAAAACUGACUCUGAGUUACUUCAAAUACAGUUUUUGUCUGAUCUUUGACCAUUUCCUUUUCACAAUCUGCAACAAUGGUAGCUGUUUUGGGGGAAUCACACAUAAGAUCUGCGUUUUUCCUGAGGAAUUUGAUCAUUAGUCCUUUCUAAGGUGAAUAGCCUCUUUCUGAGUUUGAGCGUCAGCGUGUGUGUCCAUUGGGCGCUGGGGGAGUUUGAUGGCGAGGUUCCAGUUGGUCCGAGUCAAAGUGAGCUGGACAGCACUUUUGGCUCUGGCCCACCUCACAUACCUGCUGGUUGGGGCCACCAUCUUCCAGAUACUGGAGCGAGAGGCUGAGAGCGAAAACCGAAACCAUUUCCAACUGGAGAAGUUGAAUUUCUUGGCUAAUUAUACCUGCCUGGACAGACAAGCCUUGGAGAAGUUUGUUCAGGUGAUUUUAGAUGCCUGGGAAAAGGGAGUCAAUCCCUCUGGCAACUCAACCAACCCCAGUAACUGGGAUUUCAGCAGCUCCUUCUUUUUUGCAGGCACAGUAGUCACAACUAUAGGCUAUGGCAAUCUGUCCCCCAGCACUGUGUCUGGUCAGGUGUUCUGUGUGUUUUAUGCACUGUGUGGGAUCCCACUGAACCUGGCCUUCCUUAAACAGCUGGGCAAGUGUCUCACCAUUCACCUGGGUCGACUAGAGAGGGGGAUGGUCUCAGUUGUUCCACACAAGCAAGCAGUUGAGGUGUUGGCAGUGAGCUCGUUCUUCGUCACAGGCAGCCUGCUGUUUCUGGUCAUCCCUCCUCUGAUGUUCAGUUAUGUGGAAGGCUGGACGUUUGGCGAAGGCUUCUACUUCACCUUCAUUACCCUCAGCACCAUUGGUUUUGGAGAUUAUGUGGUGGGGACUGACCCAGGCAAGGAGUACAUCUCUUUGUACCGCAGCCUCGCAGGUGUAUGGAUCAUUUUUGCCUUGGCUUGGCUUGCUCUUAUCCUCAACAUGGGAGCCAGAAUAAUGGAGCACGCAAUUGGCUUGACUCAUCCAGGCUUUAAGAAACAAGAGGAGGAAGAGGACGUGUCAUCCAGUAAACUGGAGGACACUUCAAAGAUCUGA